GUUCACUGUACAGCUAAAGUGAGGCCUAUAUAUAGCCGCAAUUGUAUUUGUGUUAGCCAUGGGCUGCGCCAGCAGCACUCCAAUGGUGGCAACCGCAGGCAGUGAAAUGCUAAAAGCCGCCACACAUGUGGCAGGCGAUGUCAAGCAAAAAGGGGAAGCAGCCCUCGAAGAUGCGACAGAAACGCUUAAUACAACUAUGGAUACGGCCAAGGAAACGGUGAGCACUGCCGUGGCAGGCAUAACAAAUGAGCUGGGGAAUGCUUUCAAGGAUGGCACAGAGAAACUGGACGAGGCGAAGCAUAAGGUGAUGGAGGGUCUGCAUUUGGAGACGCGACCGGAUGUCGGCAAGACGACAGAGCCGGAAGUGCUGAGUACAUCACGUGCUCCCACACCAGCUCUUGAGGCGGAUGGGGACAGUUUGAAGACAUCGACGCCAGAACCGGAGAUUGAAAGAGCGCUGGCCAACAGUUCGGCCAAUGAGGAGGAGGCGCCUCCAACGCCAAAGCCUUCGUUGCAGGAACUCGCCGAACUGAGUGCUCAGGUGGGCGAAGUGGAUGCCAAAGUGGCAACAGCAACAGCAACUGCUGCAGAUGCGGCGGCGGCAGCAACAGCUGCUGCAAAUGUGGAAAGUCGUUGGUAUCGUCGCAUGGAAAAUGGGGAUGAACAACGUCGCCCAAGCACAACGGAAUGGGAAAAGCUGGCCGAUCAGUUGGCCAAGAGUCGAAAGUUUAAGCCCUACGAGAGCUUCGCUCAUAGCCAAAAUCAAUUUUCAGUGUACAAGGAUUACACUAGCCUGCGAGACAAGCCGGGUCAUUACGAUGGCCACUUUAGCGGUGGCAACUCACAGCAAUCGAGCGCCUCCCAGUCCCAGUCGGACCUGUCCAGUGGCCACCUGACACCUGCCCCGCCCACUCGACGGGGCCACCGUGAUUAUGCCAAGUUCGUUGGCUCUGAGCAGCCGGCAAGUGUGUCGCGUGCCAGUUCGAGGCUCUCAAAUGUGGGCGGCGUCAAUGGCAGGACCUUUGACUUUAAUCCACAACGCGAACGCAUUAGUCUUCCAAUUGCCACAAGUCGUGCAGUUGGCAGUCGUGUUGGCUCAGCGUUAAAUGUCCGACGGUCCCUUUGGGCCAGAGGGCAGCCCGAAGUGUUGCCAGAGGAACCACACCACACAUACAGUCCGAUAAGAAGAAGCAGCAUGACUGUGGGACUGAGACAGUCGUUGAGUGGUGCAAGAGACGAACGUAAUCUUCAGGUGGCCAGAUCCACCUCCAAUUUGACGUGUUCCUCAUUAACCAAAAGGAAGGAGGCCCAGAAGAUAGACAAGCCACGACUGUCCACGGCAGAUAAUGCCAAGAAACAAUUACCAGGCAGUCGCCGUCCUAGUGAACCAGCAUACAAGGAGAUUGAGGAGGUGAGAUCGGAGAGAAUUGAAAGCUCAAGGCCACAGAAACAUUUAAAUUCAGAGAAAGUGAUCAGCUCAAAGCCAGAGAAGUCUUCUUUGCCAGCGAAGGAAGUCAAAGCGGAUCUCAAUGAGGCUUUCACAUCAAUGCUCAGGGAUUCAGCUCGUGACAUUAGCUCAGCUGUGCUGUUAGCCACGCCCUUGACAACCACCUCCAUGCUGCACAGUCCCUCAAGAGCAAGACCUGCAAUCUGCAGUCCAAUCUCCAGCUCAACGAGCAACAAAAUGGCAACGCCUUUAGCCUCGCGUGCUUCCACUUUUAUUGCAGGGACAACAGAAAGACGCAGCUCAGUUGUCAAAUAUGACACGCCCCUCAAAACGCCUCAGUUGCACACGCCAACAAGACUCAAAACGGCAUCUGUCAUUGAUGUGGUGGCAGAGUGCCAAAGGGGGGAGAGAGAUAGAGAUUCAAUACAUCAACAUGUCCUGCUAAAAACAAAUGCAAAAACAACGCCUAGAAAAACAAUAUCAGGACAUGCCACACCUAUAAGGAUGAGGAUAAAUGCCGAGCCAAUCCUUGCAACAACUAUCGCCAAGUCCCCUUCCCGAGCUUCAUCUCGAUUGUCAUCAGCCAGUAGCUCAGAGGUGGUCAUAAAACCCCUAAGUCAUCUGACUACUCCAAGUGCUAUUUCCGGUUCGCCUGGAUCAAGUCAAGUUGUGAUGACAGAGUACGAGGACAUCGACUUGGAGGCAGCCUUGGCUCGUCUGGCCGACUGGCGAGGCUCAACAACAACGUUGCAUUCGCUGCGAUCUUCCAAUUCGCGCAUGGAACGCAAUUCUCGUAAUUCCUCUCGGCUGAAUUCACGACGCACUUCACCAUGGAUUAGAAGCUAUCCGGAUCAUAAUCAAAGCAAGGAUAGCAGGACAUUCUCCAGCUGUGGCAUAGCCGAGCUGUCAUCUCCCUCAAAAGCGGUUCAUAAGCCGCUCGAGCUUUGUGAAAUCUGUUGUAAUGAAAUUGUGAUGAAUUAA